AUGACAAAAUGUUUAUCAUCUUCUCGAAAACGUUAUCAAUACUUUCAGAGAUUAAUAAAAUUCCGUGAGAUGGACUUCGAAUUUGCAAUGUGGCAGAUGUUAUAUCUAUGCGUAUCCCCACGCAAAGUCUAUCGCAAUUUCCAUUAUCGCCAUCAAACAAAGCAUCAAUGGGCGAGGGAUGAUCCUGCAUUUUUAGUUCUUUUAGCAAUGGCGCUUUGCAUUUCUUCCAUUGGAUUUGCUAUUGUGUUAAAGCUUAAUGUCUUGGCAUUUGUAAAAUUUCUAUUUUGGGUCAUAUUUAUCGACUGUAUUGGUGUUGGGCUUGCUAUCGGAACUUUACUUUGGUUUAUCACAAACAAGUAUCUCAAAGAAAAGCAAUCGCAUGGAAGUGAGCAAUCUGUAGAAUGGCUUUAUUCAUUUGAUGUCCACCUGAAUGCAUUUUUCCCGUUAUUAAUUGUCCUUCAUGUUGUUCAGAUGAUCUUUAUGCCUGUCAUCAUUGAUCAACCGUACUUCAUAUCGUGCCUUAUUGGGAACUCGUUAUGGCUAAUUGCUUUAAUUUAUUAUAAUUACGUAACGUUUCUAGGAUACAGUGCAUUGCCGUUUUUAAAGAAUACAGUGGUAAUCUUGUAUCCCGUACUGGCUUUUAUCUUAAUUUAUAUCUUUUCAUUAAUUUUUGGAUGGAAUAUUGGAAAAAGUGUCAUGACUUUUUACAGGUAUCGUAUAUUAUAG